CCCAGUGUGUGAGUGUCCAGCAGAAAACAGUUUUAACAAAGGAUGUAGCAGGAAGACGAGAAAAUGCAGGACAAGAAGAUAAAAAGAGGGUGAAAUAAACUAAAAACAAGAAAAUAAAAGGCAAACAAGACGGGAGACAAACAAAGGAGAAGACAGUUUGGAGCAGUGCUCAGAGAAAAUUGGCAACGGAACUGAAAGGGGAGAGUAAAACAAAACCAUUAUGGCGUAUCGGCUUUUUGAGGGGAAAGAUCACGCCUCCAUUUACCAAAAGUAUCGUUUUAUGCCUCCAGAUGAGCUGAAGAACAUUAUUAUUCAAUACCUGGACAAAAAGAAGGGACAGCCACAUGUGCUGGCGGUGGAUCUGGGAUGUGGGACUGGUCAGAAUGCACGGCUAUUGGCGCCACACUUCAAGGAAGUGGUGGGUAUGGACAUCAGUGAGUCUCAACUAGAGGAGGCCAGAGCUGUGCCAGGGUACCCUAACAUCAAAUACAGGAUGGGGAAAGCAGAGGAGCUUCCUUUUCCAGAUGGCUCUGUUGACUUGCUGACAGCAGCAUCAGCAGCCCACUGGUUUGAUCAGUCGAGGUUCCUGGCCGAGGCAAGUCGGGUUUUAAAACCCCGGGGCUGUGUUGCUCUGCUGGGCUUCAGUGACCGUAACACCAAGCUUCACUACCAGGACUGUGGACUCAAUCACAUUUAUGAAGAGAUGAAGCGGGUGCUGUCGCCAUAUGCUGCUAAUCCAGUAGCUAAAAAUGAGAGUAAGCUGGAAGAGCUCUACUCUGCCAUAAAAUUUCCAGAAAAGGAGAGGAUUGAGUGUAUUCAGAUAAGCUCAAUAUCUGUGGGGAACCUGCUGGGCUUCGUUGAGUCCUGGUCCAUUUUCCAAGCUUAUAAGAAGAAAGAUCCCAAAGCUGCUGAAGACCUGCUGCUCAAGACUCAGACGAGGUUUCUGGAGGAGAUGGGAGUCAUUUCCCCUGACACUGAAAUAGAGCAGGAACUGGAAUACUACUGCGUCCUGGCAUCAAAACCACAAUAAUCAACAAUGUGGACUGGAUGAGUAAAUCUUGAAGUGUGUGUUGAAUGUGGCAUUUCGAAAAUAAACCUUUUUUUCCUCAGCAGAACUCCUGCUCUCCCAGUGAUUUUCUUGCAUAAAACUUUGACAAUAAAGAAAUAAAGAAAUAAAGCUAUAAA